AAAAGCCAACAUGACUAACGGAUCGCGGAACGGUGCGGGUCCUCAUGUGCUGGGAUCUCCCGGAAUGUAAGCGGAGGCAGCCCCGGGGCGGCUCUUUCACAGUCUCCUGCCUCCGAGAGUUGGAUCUCUUGACUCCCAAAGCAGAUCUCUGCUGCUUUUGGAAGGGGAGGAGGGUUAAGGAAGGAUAGAACAUGGCCUGCAUUUUGAAGCGCAAGGCCAUUGUUAUAAUUGGCUUUACAGCCGCUUUUCUAAUCGUCAUCAUUGCCCGCCUUACAAAUGAAGUCAGCUUUCCUCUCAUGCUGAGCUGCUUUGGACAAUCCAGUGUCCAGUGGAUGCCAUUUUCCUAUACACAAAAACGACACCUAAGGUCUCACUAUGGAUACCUUAAUGUGAAAAACCAAGAGCCUCUGCAGCUGGAGUGUGAUCUCUGUGCCAUUAUUUCAAACUCAGGUCAGAUGACAGAACAGAAAGUAGGAUCUGAAAUUGACCAGGCUUCCUGUAUAUGGAGAAUGAAUAAUGCUCCCACCAAGGGCUAUGAAGAAGAUGUUGGAAAAAGGACAACAAUAAGAGUUGUCUCCCAUACUAGUGUCCCUCUUUUGCUGAAUAAUGCAGACUACUUUUUCAAGGAAACCAAUAGUACAAUUUAUGUCAUCUGGGGACCUUUCCGAAAUAUGAGAAAAGAUGGAAGUGGCAUUGUAUAUAAUAUGCUGAAGAAGACUGUGGACAGUUAUCCUGGGGCCAAAAUCUAUGUGACCACUGAAAAACGCAUGAGCUACUGUGAUGAGAUAUUUAAAAAGGAAACUGGGAAGGACCGAAUCCAGUCUGGUUCCUAUCUCAGCACUGGUUGGUUCACCUUAAUUCUAGCGAUGGAUGCCUGCUACAGAAUACAUGUCUACGGAAUGAUAAAUGACACCUACUGCAAGUCAGAAGGCUUUAGGAAAGUCCCGUAUCACUACUAUGAACCUGGGAGGAGUGAAUGCGAUGAGUACUUCCUUCAUGAAAAUGCACCCUACGGAGGCCACAGAUUCAUCACAGAAAAGAAAGUGUUUGCUGAAUGGGCUAAGAAACAUACAAUAACAUUUACACACCCUAAUUGGACUUUGUCUUGA